CUAAUCGACACAUAGCUGGACUUGCGGGAGCCUUCAAUCCAUCAUCUCGACCUCUCGUUUGCUGCACGCACUCUGCUGCCGGGGUUCGGCCCUGCUAUUCAAACCGACUACUCACUCUGAUAUUCUUGUAGCGCAAGCGACUCUUACCACACGCUCGGGGCCACGGCACUGGACAGCCCCGCCUAGUCUCCGGCCAGCCCCCCGCCCCGUUCGGGCCGCAGCACCCCCCUCCCUUCGCCCCGGGCCCCCGGCCUCCGCCCCCGGCCUCACAUGCCCCGCAGCACGUGGAAGGGCCCGUACGUGGCCGUGAGCCUGCUGCAGGAGGUGGUCGCGCUGGCGCGCAAGCAUCCCAACUGGUGGAACAAGGGGAGAUACAUUGGCCAGAAGGCGCCAGAGGUCAUCAACACCUACAGCCGCGCCUCUGUGAUCCUGCCCGACUUCAUCGCGUGCCGAUUUGGCGUGCACAACGGCAAGAGUUUCGUGGGUAUGGAGGUUCAGGAGGCGAUGGUGGGGCACCGGCUGGGCGAGUUCGCGCCCACAAAGGCCACGGUACAACACAAGGCCAAGGAGGUCAACACGCAGAAGAAAAAGAUCAACCCGAAGACCGGCAAGGCAGCAUAGAGGGCGUAGCGAUGAUGGUGGGGGUAUGGUGGGGGUAGGGGUUGUUAGCAACAGCAGAGGCUGCGAGGGAGGUGGCGGUGCGCUGGGUUGGUGUGCGGCGGGGUGGUGGUGCCGGGGUUCAACGGACGUGCGCUGUGGUGGUGGCGGGUGGGGCAGGCCCGCAGGCAGGAAUCACAGGAUGUCGAGAUACACAAGUUAAUAGAUGAGGACAAUGUGGAGCUGGAUGCGCAAUGUGCGGCAAGUGGCAGCGGACGCGCGGGGCUUGAUGAGCCGAGGGCGUCGUACGUGCUGCUUUUGCCAUUCGCAUGUGGGGUGGGUGUGGACCUGGCUGACCUCAACAACAGGUGCAAGCCAGGGGCGGCGCAAACAGGUUCUGCUUUGACCUUUGAUGGUCAAUGCCGUAUGGAACGCAGGGAGACACUAAUUACUGAGAGGUGUGGCGCGACAUGCAUAAGACGUGCUCGGGCAGCUUGGCAGUGCUGCGUGUGCGACGACCGGGUGUGGCUGCUGCGGCAUUGGGACAUGGGCACAUGGCCAAGGGAGGGAGUGGCUGAUAUAGUCGAGUCCCGAUGAACAAUCUGCACGCAGCCCAGGCAGCGACGUUUAUGGACGGCUGGGUGCGGAUUCGGUGCGGCAUUGGCGGCGCCGGCCACAAGCAUGGGUAGCUGUGUGGCCAUAUCCAGGCAUGACCGCAUGAGCCAUGAGGCAUCGCUGGCAGCAACGCGGCAUGGAGGUCGGGACUCGGGAGGCGGCGGCUUGGUGGCCAGAGAUGACGCGGGUAGCUCAACGGCCAGGCAGUGGCGCAAGUGCGGCGCGAAACUGUCGAUGUGGCGGUUGGAGGACAAUGCCACAGCAGUCAGGCGGUGCCACGGUGGGCUCGCUGCUCGGCUGUUCCGUGCCUGGUCGAUGAAGCUUGCUGUGUCAGCCGUUGUCCAUUCGUCCCCGAAAUGGCAAGCCGCCUGCUGGUGAUCGGACACGGGAGUCAGGCGUGGCCAGGAGGAGGUGGUGAGCAGAAUCCUGAGGAGCCGCAACUUGGUCUGCUGGUGUAAUCAGCAUGCCUG